UCUCGUCCCACUCCCACUCCCACGCUUCCGCGAGCGGAGAAAGAGCCGGAGACAGAAGCGAGGAGAGAGAGAGAAAGACAAGCGGUGGGCUUGCGGUGGCGUAGCUCGCGAUCCGGGCGCCGAGCUGGUCCCGUACUUUUACCUGGGUUGGUCGCGCGGCGCGGUCGGGAGGCUAGGCUAGGGCUCGGCGUCGGCGGUCGGUCGCGAUGGGGAAGGGCGCGGUCGUGGGGACGGCUGUGGUGGUGGGCGCCGCGGCUGCCGCGGCGGUGGGGGUGGCGGUGGUGUCGCUGUCGCGCAGGAGGCGUCGGCGGCGGGAGGCGGAGGACGAGAGGAAGAGGAAGGCGGCCGCGGUGAUCGAGGAGGUGGAGCAGCGGUUCUCGACGCCCACCGCGCUGCUCCGCGGCAUCGCGGACGCCAUGGUGGAGGAGAUGGAGCGCGGCCUCCGCGCCGAGCCCCACGCGCCGCUCAAGAUGCUCAUCAGCUACGUCGACAACCUCCCAACCGGUGAUGAACAAGGACUGUUUUAUGCACUGGACCUUGGCGGGACCAACUUUCGUGUCAUACGGGUUCAACUUGGAGGAAGGGAUAAACGUGUCGUGAAGCAACAAUAUGAAGAGGUCUCCAUUCCGCCUCAUCUUAUGGUUGGAACUUCUACGGAACUGUUUGAUUUCAUUGCUGCUGAGCUGGAAAAAUUCGUGCGGACUGAAGGAGAAGAUUUCCACCUACCAAAUGGCAAGCAGAGAGAACUGGGUUUCACUUUUUCUUUCCCAGUGCACCAAACAUCUAUAUCAUCAGGGACUCUAAUUAAGUGGACCAAAGGCUUUUCCAUCAAUGGCACGGUUGGAGAAGAUGUUGUGGCUGAAUUGAGUAGAGCCAUGGAAAGGCAGGGUCUUGAUAUGAAAGUUGCAGCUCUGGUUAAUGAUACCGUAGGCACAUUGGCUGGUGGGAGAUAUGCUGAUAAUGAUGUUGUUACUGCUGUAAUAUUGGGCACUGGCACAAAUGCAGCUUAUGUGGAACAUGCAAAUGCGAUUCCUAAAUGGACCGGACUACUGCCUAGAUCAGGGAAUAUGGUAAUCAACAUGGAAUGGGGAAACUUCAGGUCAGAUAAACUUCCAAUGUCAGAGUAUGAUAAAUCCUUGGACUUUGAAAGUUUGAACCCUGGUGAGCAGAUAUAUGAAAAGAUGAUUUCUGGAAUGUAUCUUGGAGAAAUUGUGCGGAGGAUCCUGCUGAAACUGGCUCAUGAUGCUUCAUUGUUUGGGGAUGUUGUUCCUCCGAAAUUGGAACAGCUAUUUAUACUGAGGACGCCAGAUAUGUCAGCCAUGCAUCAUGACACCUCACAUGAUCUCAAGCACCUGGGAGCUAAGCUGAAGGAUAUUCUGGGGGUUCCUGAUACUUCUCUCGAAGCAAGAUACAUUACUCUUCAUGUGUGCGACCUCGUCGCAGAGAGAGGUGCACGCUUGGCUGCUGCUGGUAUAUAUGGUAUUCUGAAGAAGCUUGGCAAAGACAAAUUGCUUAGUGACUUCAGUCAACAAAGGACUGUAGUUGCUAUUGAUGGUGGCUUAUACGAGCAUUACAAGAAGUUCAGUGCCUGCCUAGAAGCGACGCUUACAGACCUGCUCGGCGAGGAGGUUGCCUCAUCGGUUGUUGUCAAGUUGGCCAACGACGGCUCAGGAAUCGGAGCUGCACUUCUUGCAGCCUCACACUCCCAGUAUGCUGAAGUUGCAUAGUUCUAGGAGCUCGGCUCCUAGUGUAACCUUUUUCGUUUUGCUCCCUUUUCCCCUUCAAUCGCGAGCCACCCUCGUGCGAAUGUGCGAUUCGCAUCUCUCUCUUUUUUGCCUCAGCCGCGGGGUAUAGCUAGGAUGGUGCCAUUGAGCUUGGAGUACAUUAUCACUAGCAUUAGCAACGGCAGAAAAAAAAGUGGAAGCGGAGGUCUGAAUAAGCCAUUCCACUCCUGCCAAUUCUUUUUUUUCCCCAAUCCCUUGAAGUUUGUAUUAUGAUGCGAUAUCACAAAACAACCAGUUCUUAUCUGUGUGAUCUUGUCUUCCAGAAUAAAGAGAGAGGUGGGGGGCUCAUUUUUUAUUGAAUGUGCAGAGCUCCUGCCUUUAUCUCAGAAACAACUACAAUAUAAUUUGCUUGUUCUUA